AUGCCCCUCACCCGGCUCCACAGUCCCUAUCCCCUGCUGCUGUUGCUGCUGCUGUCCUGCCUGGCAAAGGCACCCUCUGCCCAGGUCAUGGACUUCUUGUUUGAGAAGUGGAAGCUGUAUGGUGACCAGUGCCACCGCAAUCUGAGCCUGCUGCCCCCGCCUACGGAGCUCGUCUGUAAUAGAACCUUCGACAAGUACUCCUGCUGGCCUGACACCCCGCCAAAUACCACAGCCAACAUCUCUUGCCCCUGGUACCUGCCUUGGUACCACAAAGUGCAGCACCGCCUGGUGUUCAAGAGGUGUGGGCCUGAUGGGCAGUGGGUGCGAGGGCCACGGGGGCAGCCAUGGCGCAACGCCUCCCAGUGUCAGAUGGAUGAUGAAGAGAUCCAGGUCCAGAAGGAGGUGGCCAAGAUGUAUAGCAGCUACCAGGUGAUGUACACUGUGGGCUACAGUCUGUCCCUGGGGGCCCUGAUCCUUGCCCUGGUCAUCCUGCUGGGCCUCAGGAAGCUGCACUGCACCCGAAACUAUAUCCACGGGAACCUGUUUGCAUCCUUUGUGCUCAAGGCUGGCUCUGUGCUGGCCAUUGAUUGGCUGCUCAAGACACGCUACAGCCAGAAGAUUGGAGAUGACCUCAGUGUGAGCGUCUGGCUCAGUGAUGGGGCGGUGGCUGGCUGCCGAGUGGCCACGGUGAUCAUGCAGUACGGAAUCAUAGCCAACUAUUGCUGGUUGCUGGUAGAGGGUGUGUUCCUGCACAGCCUGCUGAGUCUCGCCACCUUCCAAGAGAAGAGCUUCUUUUCCCUGUACCUGGGCAUUGGAUGGGGGGCGCCCCUGUUGUUUGUCGUCCCCUGGGUGGUGGUCAAGUGUCUGUUUGAGAAUGUCCAGUGCUGGACCAGCAAUGACAACAUGGGCUUCUGGUGGAUCUUGCGUAUCCCUGUCUUCCUGGCCAUACUGAUCAAUUUUUUCAUCUUCGUCCGCAUCAUUCACCUUCUUGUGGCCAAGCUGCGUGCCCGUCAGAUGCACUAUGCUGACUACAAGUUCCGGUUAGCCAGGUCCACGCUGACCCUCAUCCCUCUGCUGGGGGUCCAUGAGGUGGUCUUUGCCUUCGUGACUGAUGAGCACGCCCAGGGCACCCUGCGCUCCACCAAACUCUUUUUUGACCUCUUCCUCAGUUCCUUUCAGGGUCUGCUGGUGGCUGUUCUCUACUGUUUCCUCAACAAGGAGGUGCAGGCAGAGGUACUGGGACGUUGGAGGCGAUGGCAAGAAGGCAAAGCCCUCAAGGAGGAACAGAAGGCAAGCAGCCAUGGCAGCCACGUGGCCCCAGCAGGGUCUAGUCAUGACGAUCCCUGUGAGAAACUUCAGCUUGUGAGUGCAGGCAGCAGCAACGGGACUGGCCACUGUACACCCUCUGUGGAGACCUCCUUAGCCAGUAGUCUCUCGGGAUUGGCUGACAGCCCCACCUGAAUCCCCACUCGAGCUCAACCAGGCUGGAUUUGGAAAGGGCCUUACAGGACAACCCAGAACCAGAUGCCCGGCCUAAGCUGGAGAGAGAAUGCAGCUAGACAGCAGCUUGCAUUGCCCACAUUCCCCCAACCCAUCCUGUCCCUGGCAUAGGCCGCAUUG